AUGAAAGAUCCAAGUCGCAGCAGUACUAGCCCAAGCAUCAUCAAUGAAGAUGUGAUUAUUAAUGGUCAUUCUCAUGAAGAUGAUAAUCCAUUUGCUGAGUACAUGUGGAUGGAAAACGAAGAGGAAUUCAACAGACAGAUUGAAGAGGAGUUGUGGGAAGAAGAAUUUAUUGAACGCUGUUUCCAGGAAAUGCUGGAAGAAGAAGAAGAACAUGAGUGGUUCAUUCCAGCUCGAGACCUCCCACAAACUAUGGACCAAAUUCAGGACCAGUUUAAUGACCUUGUCAUCAGUGACAGUUCUUCUCUGGAGGAUCUUGUGCCACUCUGGAAUUCACUCCCAGUCUCUGAAACAUCAUUUGCAGCUGUUGCUUGGUCACUGAGCUUGAGUACUAUUCCGAAGGGCUACUAGAGAACACUGAAAUUUACAGUGUCAAGAGUAAUCUGAAUCCAAAUGCAAAGGAGUUUGUUCCUGGGGUGAAGUACUAAAUAUUUGAGUAGACGGGGCCCUCUUUUGGUGGAUGUAGCACAAUUUCCACACUGUGAAGGCAGUAUUAGAAGACUUAAUUGUAAAAGCUCUCCCUUCUUGUCACUGUGUUACACUUAUGCAUUGCCAAAGUUUUGUUAGUCUUGCAUGCUUAAUAAAAGUGCUGAGACUGUUAUUAAGUAAAAAGCUGUCAAACGUUUACUGAAAAUAAUUGGACCUUGGCUUGAUGUGAAGGACAGUGAGGAAAGAAGCACCAGUCAAGUUGUGACAAAUCAGACCACCUCUGAAAGAUUUAGAAAUUUGACUAAAUGAUUUGUUUUAAUUGAGACUAAACUGGUCACUUGGUGUUAACCAACACCUGUUAAUGCCUUAACUAAAAAAAAAAAGUCAAUUUUGAAAGUAAAGUUCUAAUUGUUAUACAAAUUACUUCGUUCAGACUUCAGUAUUGUUACUUAUUGUAUUUGUGCCCGUGGAGAGAUGCUUGUUCGUAAAGAAUAGACUUGGUAAUGAAAGAGCUCCACGAAGUCCAGCCCAGCCCAGCCCAGCCCAGCCUUGAGUGGAUCCUAAAAGUUACAAAGUAACAAACAGAUAGAUGAAAACUACCCCCUGAUUUUUACAUUAUGUUAUCAUGUUAGAAAUGUUGAAACCCACUCCUAGUUAUACAUCCAUGGAGGAGUGUAAUUUGAAAAUUACAUCAUCUUCCAAGUUCCCCAAUACUUCAUAGCUGUGUCUAUGUAAAUUCUAGCAUAUAACACUUAGUCAAAUUGAACCAAGGAAGUCUUAGCAUUCUGAUUUGAGUGGUGCUUUUCCCUUGCUUCGUUAAUCAUCACUACACAAUAGUCUACAGCACAACAACUUUUCUUUUAACAAAGCUAGAACAGUUUUGGCUUCUUAAACUUCAUAUUUGGGUAGGUUAAGCUGCCAUACGUGUUCAGUGUGAAUAGUGUUUAAGUUGAAAAUAUUGUAAAAAAAUUAUAUUUUUUCAAAAAUAUUUAAAAAAAUAAAUAAUAGUAGAACUGA